CGGAGCCACUGUCACCGCAGCGCGCCACAGCCAUACCACACAGGGCAAUACCCCGCGAAGGGAAGAAGACCAGCGAGCUGCUGUCCGCUGAUUUCUCCUUCCCCAUCUCACUAUAUCAAACUCACUCCACAAUGCCUGUGAAUCAGAAAUUUCAAGGAGGGAAAGCCUUUGGAUUACUCAAAGCUCAACAAAGGGAGAGAUGCGAGGAAAUAAACAAGGAGUACAUGGAAGACCAGAAAUACCGGGAUGAGGAGGACCUCCCAGAAAAACUAGAUUCCUUUAAAAACAAAUAUGCAGAGUUUGACCUGAAUGACCAAGGAGAGAUCGAUAUGAUGGGGAUGAAGAGGAUGAUGGAGAAGCUGGGCGCGAAGACCCACCUGGAGAUGAAGAAGAUGAUCUCCGAGGUGACCGAAGGCAUCAGCGACAGCAUCAACUACAGAGACUUCGUCAAGAUGAUGCUGGGCAAGCGCUCGGCCGUCCUCAAACUGGUGAUGAUCUUCGAGGACAAGGCUAAUGGGGCCAGCUGUAAGCCUGACGGGCCUCCACCCAAACGGGACAUAGCCAGCCUGCCAUAGACCCAGGACAUCCAGAGCCUCUAGACUACAGAGGGGUCAUAGGGACCCGACCUCGACCAUUUCACCAUCCUAGGCCCCUGCACUCAGCCAGGGACUUGUGUACAUAGCCUUAUCAACUCCCCACCUCAGGACGCACACGCGUCCCAGAAGGGGGGGGGGGGUGUGUGUGUAUCCUCCUCUGUUCAAAACAUGUGGGAAAAAAAGAGGGAGGAGCAAUCUCUUAACUAUAUAUAUUUGCUGUGAAGACGUUAAGGCAGAUUAGCUUUUUUUAUGACCAGUACAUACCUGUAUAUAUUUAUAUUGAUUAUGGCGAUGAGAAAUAAGUAUUUUUAAUUAGCGUGAUCACUUGUAACCCCUGGCGAUAACUGUGGAAUUGAGUCGUUUUGUGAAUAUGAGCAAAUUGUUGUUGUGUUUGCUGGGGAUCAAACUAACAGAGGUGACUGUUUUGUAUGUAUGUGUUAAUGAGAAGAUUGUGUGUCAACAACUCACAUGUUCUACAGCAAUCUGUGUAUGGAUACUAGUGAAUUUAUCAUUAGGCCUGUUUUAUCAUGAUUUCAAUGUGGCGUUUAACCGUUUGACAGAUGUAAUGAUUUCAGUGUAGUUGUAGUUAAGAGGUUUGGGGAGCUUGUUAGCUGUGACCCGUUUUAGGGAAACUAACCCAAAUCCUUCAUCUUAUUUUCCACACCUCCCUCUCCCCUAUUUCACCCACCCCACCACCACCACCACCACCAAAUGUUCUAGUUUCUCUUUCAGAUAUUAUAUUUUUUAAUCGUGUUAAAGUAGCAUGCUGGUGAUUUUAAAGCACACAUAAUAAUAAGAGCACAGUUAUUUUUAACACCUUUACACACAGUUGUCAACAUCGUCCCACAUGUUGGAUUAGUGCCAUGCAGACUCUGCUUGGUCAUCGUCUCACUAGGUCAGGUUUGAGAGAUUAUGGUCCAACCCCAUUAUUUCAGACUAGAGAUGGGUUACUGUAGUUGGGAUUAGGAUUAGGAAGGGGGUCGGGGGGCAUUCGGUCAGAGUAUGAUAUGACUCUAGAUCCGGUGUUGUAGAUCGACACUGACUUUCUCAACCUAAAGGUUCCGGGGUGAAUGGGUUCUCGUGAGUUGAGUUUAGGAUUCAGGAAAGAUUGGUUUUACAGUACGUGCACACAAUGAAGAUUCUCAGCCUGUUAGUAUGAAUUAUGAUUAAAUCACAUUCUUUCCAAGUGCCUAAAGUAGCAUGUGGAUGGAAGUCAGAGAGAAGAGUAGAGGAUGGUGGAGGAGGUUUAGAGUUGGUCUUUAUUCUCCCUCCUGAACCAGACCAUUAAGUUGUGUUGUAGGUUAUUGGAAGAUGAUUUUAAAGGUGUUUAUUCAUGUGUAUAUUAGGGUAAGGCGUUUCUUGUUUGGUAAUGUAUCCCUAGGUCUAGGCUAUCAGAUACUGCAUUGAUACUGGAGAUCUGAAUACAUCUAUGAAGUGAUAUUAGAUACGCAGCUCAUGCCAGUGUCCCACAUUUCCCGGCCUGACUAUCCUAAUCUCCAUAGUGGCACCUCUUGACUUCCGAAUUUCUAUCUCGUCUUUGUAAAAUGUGAUGUACCUGUCCCAUUUCAAAUGGUAUUAUCUCCAUCUUGCUAUGUUUUGCUAUUAUCUUGUUCUUGAAAAAAUAUAUAUUUUCAUCUCGUCUUAUUCUGUACUUCUUCCUCUUCUUACUUCUCAGUCAUUCCCCAUCUCAGGCCGGGUUCAUUUGUUUGUCACGUAAAUUCUCUAAUCUGUGCCUCAGCGCUGCUUUUCUAUCUUUCGUUUUUUUCUCGAACUCACACUUAACAUGGAAUAUAAUAGUAACCGUAGUAUUUUAAUUCAUUAGCUUUACAUUUUGUUAAUGGAACGUCAGUUAUGCAUUUUCAUUCCCAGUGUGUUGGGUAGAGGUCUUUUUAGUGGUAUUUUCAUUUAACCACCCGGACAAUGCACAUUUUUGUUUUGCAAACACCAAAGGAAUUAAAGUUAUUUCUGUUACACCGGCA